GCUUGGACGCACUCGCUUUUACCCGUGCUCGCAGCCACACGUCCACAAGCACUGGAGACACCAUGAACCUCUCUCUCUACUGGGCUGUUUUGUUCGUCGCCGUUGCCAUCCACACUGCAAGCACGGCACCACGAAAGCAUGAAAACGUUUCGUAUAUGUCGCUCGUGAGGAAACGUCGCCAGGGGAAUCACACUGUCUCAGGCGGGAUUUCGGGAAGCCCUAGAGGGAAACCGGCAAUAAACUUCCAAUAUGACUACAACCCAAAUGACAACCUGAAGGUGUUUGUUGGUGGGAGUCACACAAUCGGGGGCGGCACGAGCGUUGGUGGUGGCCUGAGGUGGAUUAUUCCCACGAAGAAAGAUCGCAAGAGACCCAAAGAAGAUUGAAAAGGGACGAAGAGGAGGAGAAGAGGGAGAGAGGGAGAGAAGAAGAGUGAGAGAGGGAAACAAUAAGAGGGAGAAUGGGAGAAAAAAUAUGAGAAGAAAGACGAAGUUGACCGAAAGAAAACUGAAAAGGGAGAUGAGAGAAAAAUACGAAAAAGAAAAGUGUACAGGAAAAUAUACAGGACCUUAUGCAACAGUUUUAUAUAAUAAAAAAGAUAUUCUCUUUAA